UUUAUCUCUGCGCCUGUUCCCCUGGCACUCAGCUACCCCACUCCCCCACCACCGAAGGAAUUCACCCCGUUUCCAUCCCACUUCCACGGUGUGUCAGCGACCGGCCCGACCGACUGACUCCCACCUUCAACCUUCAACCCUUAACCUUCUCUUACAAUCCUCUCAUCGCGACCAAUCUCUCUCACCCCCCUUCAGAAAACCAACCAAUCGACACCACAAAGGAAAAGAAAAAAAACCAAUCUCACAAAAAUGGCAACACCAACCCCCAACAGACCCCCCCUCAUCGGGGACCCCUCCGGCCCCUCCGCCCCCUACCCGCUACACAUGUCCGGCCUCGUAAUAAGCGGUUUCGGGCGCGGCUCCAAAGAGCUCGGCAUCCCGACGGCCAACCUGCCCGUAGACGAGGCCCAGACCCCCUGGAUCUCGUCCACGCCGUCGGGCGUCUACUUCGGGUGGGCCUCGCUCAACCUGCCGGCCUCCCACCCCGACUCCCUCACCACCACCACCACCACCACCACAGCAGGGGAAGGGGAAGGGAAAAAUGCCGACGCAGACACGGACGCGAACGGGCAGGCGCGGCGGCGGGGCGGCAACGGGUUCGCGGUGUACCCGAUGGUGAUGUCGAUCGGGUACAACCCGUUCUACAAGAACACGGUGCGGUCGGCCGAGGUGCACGUGCUGCACCGGUUCGGGUCCGACUUUUACGGCGCCGAGAUGCGCCUGCUGAUCGCGGGCUUCAUCCGCGAGGAGAAGGACUACAGCGGGCUGGAGGCGCUGAUCGCCGACAUCGAGUUCGACUGCGAGGUGGCCAAGCGCAGCCUGGCGCGCGAGGGCUGGGCGCCGAGCGGGGUGGACGUCGAGGUGGAUGUGCCUGGGGAGGGGGUCAAGGUGCUGAGGGGGUCGUUGGAGUGCGGUUGGUUGAUACGGCCUGAGGAGCUGGGGGAAGGGGGGAAAUAGGGUGGUGGUGAUGGGUUGGUUGGGGUUGACUAAGGUAUUUCAUCAAUGAUGAAUAAAAUAAAAGGCGCAAAGGUCGUCCACCGAAACGUCAA